GGAGAGCGCUUUUGGAAAGAGCAUCCUCCAGGGGAAGAUGGGGCUACCGGCCGCUACUGACUUGCCUGGGACGAAAACCCCGACUCCGUCCGUGUUUGUUGGGGAUGCAGCCUUUCCCCUGCACGUCAACCUGCUGCGUCCUUACACAGGCCCCACCUUCAGUGAAGAGAAGAAGGUCUACUACUGGCAUUCUCGUGCCAGGAGAGUCAUCGAGAACACCUUUGGCAUUAUGGCUGCACGGUGGAGGAUUCUGGGGCGUCCUCUGGAAUUCCACCCCAGUAAGGCAGUAGAUGUGGUGAAGGCAUGUGUUUGUCUGCACAACUACCUGGCACACACAGAUGCAGCCAAUUCUAUGGUUGCCACAUGGAGAGUGGAGGCGGAUUGUCGCAGGGGACAACACCAUGACAGGGCUGGUGCGACAGGCCAACGCCAGGGCCACAAGAGCAGCAUUAGCCGUCAGGAGUGACAUGACACAGUUUUUCAUGUCACCACAGGGGGAGCUCCCCUGGCAGUUGAAUGUGGUCCGAAGAGGUCAACUUAAUUAGACAAUACAUGUGCUGAUUGAUGUACGAUUGUAUGUGUCAAAAUCAACUAACAAAAAGGAAUAACUUAAAUCAAUUGUAAUCUGUGCAUAUUGUAAUCUGAGAAUCACUUCUUAUUGAAAUUGCUGUCUAUAAUAUUGUUUAAAAUACACUUCUUGUGAAAACAAUCAGCAAUUUUUGAGUUUAGGAUUUAAUGAUCCACCGCAAAAUAAGCAGAGAGAAAUAGAUAUAAUAAACAUAUUUAUUGACUUGUGAUUACAUGAAUAAAAUAAAAAGAUUCCAAAUUACUGCUAUUAUUCUAAAAA